UCAGAUACAACGGUUCCAAGUUUACAUAUUGACAACUUACACAAAUCACCAGCUUCACUGAUCACCCCGCUAUGGCGACGCAAAAGACACUCAACGCUCUCAGAAAGCUGUCCACUUGCGAGAUUUCAGAUGCCCUCAUCAAGCUCGGCUUGACCACCGGCGGCUUCAUUCCCGACCUUCACAUCUUCUCCCCACGGCAGACAGAGAGUCUGAAAGUCGUUGGACCAGCGUUCACUGUUCAGAUGGUAGCUGAGAAUGUCAAGAGAGAUGAAGAACCUCCCAAAACCAAAGAGCACUUUGUUGAUGCAUGUCCCAAUGGGAGUGUCAUGGUCAUCUCUGCCCCCUUCAUUCGAAAUGCGGGUUGUUGGGGCGGCCUCAUGUCUACCGCAGCCAAAGUCAAAGGCGUCCAAGGCGUUCUGAUUCGAGGUGGCUGCAGGGACCUUGCAGAGCAUAGAGACAUCAAUUUCCCGGUAUUUGCCAACUAUCACACAACUCUUGGUCAAAAGUCAUUCGUACGCCCUUCGGCAUUGUCUGUCCCGGUCGACAUGUCUCCUCUCAGCUAUUCCUCCCCAGAAAUCACGCAACUGUAUGACCCGGCAUUCGAUUACAAGAUCUCAGUCAACCCCGGGGAUAUUAUAGUGGGCGACGAAGAUGGCUGUGUAGCUAUUCCGCCAGAGCUUGUUGAGCAAGUCCUGAAAAAGGCGGUAACAGGAAGAGAGGUGGAUGACAAUGUGAAGAAGGAUUUGGAGGCCGGAAAGGGCGUCAAGGAGAGUAUGGCCAAGUGGCGUGGUGGCGGAGGGACGGGAGCAAGCGGCAAGCCAUGAUAUGUCUUCAACUGUGAUGAUUGUCGACUCUUCAGCUCGACGACAAUGUAGCGCUAGUUAGGCAGCAACGUUG